AUGCAUCUCGAAUAUUUAGCCAAUGAAUUAUUACUUGAUUUAUUUCAAUACAUUGAUAUUAUUCAUCUUUUUCAUGCUUUUCAUGGUCUUAAUACUCGUUUUAAUAAACUUCUUAUUACUAAACUUACAUCUUAUAAUCUGGAUUUUCGAUCUAUAUCCAAAUAUAAUUUUGAUAAUGUUUGUCAAAAAUAUUUACCAUUGAUUAUUAAUAAAAUAAUAUCAUUUCAUUUAUCCGAUAAUGAUGAAACACCAAAUCUAUCAAAAAUAUUUCUUUCUUAUGGUUUUACUAUUAAUCAAUUUAUUAAUUUAAAAUCAUUUUCAUUGUAUAAUAUUCAAUCAUUCGAUAUAUUUAAUCAAUUAAUAAUUCAAUGUAAUCAUCUUCCUUAUUUAACACAUCUAAAUAUGAUUAAAUGUUUUUUUAAUUAUCGUGAAAAUGAAAUAAAAUCAUUAAUGAAUAAUAUUUGGAAUCUACCAAAAUUGACUCAUUGUAUAUUAGAUCAAAUUACAUCAAGAAAAAUUUCAUUAAUAGAUAUUAAUGUUAUUUCAUCAUCAAUUAAAUAUUUAACUUUAGAAAAAAUUACUUGUGAUUUUAAAGAUCUAUAUCAUCUAUUUCAAUAUACAUUAUCACUUAAACAAAUAUCAAUUAAUCUAAUAUAUGGUUUUCCUAAUCAACAAUUGAAAUCUUCUAUAACAUCAAUUAUUUCAUUAAAAAUUUUAUAUCAUGGUUGUAUUAAUAUGUUAAUGAAUCUUUUUCAAAAUUUACCAAAUUUAAUUUAUUUAAUAUUAGAAACAUUUGAUAUUUAUUGUAAUGGAUAUGAAUGGGAAAAUAUUCUUAGUAAUUAUUUAUUAAAACUUAAAAUUUUUCAUUUAAAAAUGAAUUUAAAUUUUCCUAAUAAUGAUAAUAUAAAUCAACAAGCUAAUGAAUUACUCAAUACAUUUCGAACUAAUUUUUGGCUUAUAGAACAUCAAUGGUUUGUUCGAUGUGAUUGGGAUCCAUUGAAUAUAUUUAGUUAUGGUAUUCUAUAUACAUUACCCUAUAAUUUUGAUGAUUGUUUUUAUUUUGAUGCUGUUUUAUCUAAAUCAACUUGUCCUAUAAAUACAGAUUAUUGGUCAUAUGAUCAUGUAUCAAUACUUUCACAUAAAAAUCCUGAAAAUGAUUUAUCAAAAGAUUUAAUUAUUUUUUCAGCUCGAUUUUCCAAAAUACAUCAUUUAAAAAUUAGUUUUCCAUUUGAUGAAAAAUUUUGGUUAUGUAUUCCAUUAUUAAAUCGAUUAACAUCUAUCAAUAUAACAUUUCUAUCUACAGACUAUUCAUAUUCACAAUUACAAAAUUUACUUAAUCGAACAUCACAUUUAUAUUCUUUAAAAUUAUCUAAUUCAAAAAAUUUAUCAAUGAGAUUUUUCACAAUAACAAAUUCGUCAAUUCGUCGACUUAAUUUUAUAACUAAAUCUAAGUCAUAUACUCGAUAUUUUAACAAAGAUGAAUGUUCUUUAUUAAUUAAUUCAUCGAUCAUACUUCAAUGUGAAGUUCUUUUAAUUGGUAUUAAAAAUCGAUCAAGUAUUAUUGAGUUUAUUAACAUAAUGCCUAAUAUUCGAUCAUUAAUAUGUCAUUGUAAAGAUGAUGAAUAUAAUACUUGGAGCUCGUCAUCAACACAUGAUGAACUCAUUGAAUGGUUACAAAAUCGUUUACCAUCGACUUAUUUGAUUAGUCGAGAUGAGAAACGAACAUGUCUUAUUCAACUUUGGAUCGAUCGAAAAUAG